AGAAAGGAUAUAUAUGUCAUAUUUUUAAUAUGGUUUGAUGGCUUUUUCUGCUGCAAAGACAAUAAUGGGUUUGAAUAAUAAUAAGUUAAUAGUGAAUGCAAGUAAUGGUGAUAAUUAUAAAGUCUGGGAAGAUCCAUCCUUUAUUAAAUGGAGAAAAAGGGACUCUCAUGUUUCACUCCAUUGCCAUGAUUCUGUUGAAGGUUCUCUGAAAUAUUGGUCAGAACGAAACAAAGUCGACCUUCUUGUGUCAAAAUCAGCAGUUUGGGAUGAUGAUGCUGUUUCCGGAUCAAUUGAAUGUGCUAAGUAUUGGGUUAAAGAUUUGCCUUUUGUUAAGUCACUGUCAGGUCACUGGAAAUUUUUCCUUGCUCAAAGUCCUACUACCGCUCCCUCAGAGUUUCAUGAUUCAGUAUUUCAAGAUUCUACAUGGGAAACAAUACCAGUACCGUCAAAUUGGCAGAUGCAUGGAUAUGAUAAACCAAUAUAUACAAAUGUGAUAUAUCCAUUUCCUCUUGAUCCACCCCAUGUUCCUGAUGAUAAUCCCACUGGCUGCUACAGGACAUAUUUUGAACUUCCUAAAGAUUGGGAAGGCCGGCGGAUACUAUUACACUUUGAAGCUGUUGAUUCUGCUUUCCAUGUCUGGAUUAAUGGGGCUCUUGUUGGAUACAGUCAGGACAGUAGACUACCUGCUGAGUUUGAAAUCACUGAUUUCUGUCACAAGUGUGGAUCUGACAAGAAGAAUGUUCUAGCUGUAAAAGUAUAUAGAUGGAGUGACGGUUCUUAUCUUGAAGACCAAGAUCAUUGGUGGUUGUCGGGUAUUCAUCGAGACGUGCUUCUUUUAGCCAAGCCAAAGGUAUUCAUUGCAGACUACUUCUUUAAAUCAAAUCUAGUGGAGAACUAUGCCUAUGCAGAUCUAGAGGUUGAAGUAAUACUUGAUAAGUCGUUAGAAACUAAUGUCCUUACGGAUUUCAAGAUUGAAGCCACACUAUUUGAUAUCAGUGGUGAUAAGGGUACUGAUCAGCUAUCGACUAUUGUGGCACGUUUUGAGCUUCAGACCCCUCCUAUACAACCUUUAGGGUUUCAUGGGUAUCGACUAACUGGAAAAGUGCAAAAUCCUAAGCUUUGGUCUGCAGAGCAACCAAAUCUAUACACGUUGGUAGUUUCCUUGAAAGAUGCAUCAGGCAAUAUUAUCGACUGUGAAUCAUGCCAAGUUGGCAUACGAGAAAUUUCAAAAGCCCCAAAACAGUUACUUGUUAAUGGCUGUCCAGUGAUAAUAAGAGGGGUAAACAGGCAUGAACACCAUCCACGUAUAGGAAAGACAAACAUUGAAUCCUGCAUGGUCAAGGAUUUGGUGUUGAUGAAAGAAUAUAAUAUAAAUGCUGUUCGAAACAGCCAUUAUCCUCAACAUCAAAGAUGGUAUGAGUUGUGUGAUUUGUUUGGAAUGUACAUGAUAGAUGAGGCCAAUAUUGAGACACAUGGUUUUGAUCUUUCUCAUCAAUUCAAGCAUCCAACACAAGAACCACUUUGGGCUUCAUCUAUGAUGGAUCGUGUUAUUGGCAUGGUCGAGAGGGACAAAAACCAUGCCUGCAUUAUUUCUUGGUCUCUGGGAAAUGAAGCAAGUUACGGACCAAAUCAUGCUGCUAUGGCUGGGUGGAUCCGUGGAAAAGAUCCGUCAAGAGUUGUACACUACGAAGGCGGUCGAUCAAGGACACCGUCAACCGACAUCAUAUGUCCUAUGUACAUGCGUAUUUGGGACUGUGUUAAGAUAGCAAAAGAUCCGAAUGAAACUAGACCUCUUAUAUUAUGCGAGUAUUCGCAUGCUAUGGGUAAUAGCAAUGGGAACAUUCAUGAAUAUUGGGAAGCAAUUGAUAGCACAUUUGGUCUCCAAGGAGGAUUUAUAUGGGAUUGGGUUGAUCAGGGGCUACUAAAAGAAAGUAGUGAUGGUAAAAAGUAUUGGGCAUACGGAGGUGACUUCGGAGAUACCCCAAAUGAUUUAAAUUUCUGCUUGAAUGGUCUCUUAUGGCCAGAUCGGACUCCACAUCCUGCACUACAUGAGGUCAAAUAUUGCUAUCAACCGAUCAAAAUUUCUUUCACCAAUGGUAUUAUCAAGAUCACAAACACCAAUUUCUUUCAAACAACACAAGCGUUAGAGUUUAAUUGGCUGAUCGAAGGUGAUGGAUGUAAACUCGGUUCGGGAAUUCUCAAGCUACCAACUUUAGAUCCCCAAAGUAAUUAUGAUAUCAAAUGUGAAUCAGGUCCUUGGUAUCCAUCAUGGGCCUCAUCCUCUGCUGUUGAAACUUUUUUGACCAUAACUGCAUAUCUUUCACAAUCAACACGAUGGCUUCAAUCCGGUCAUGUCAUAUCAUCUCAACAAUUUGAGUUACCCAUGAAGAAAGACCCUAUCACCCCUGUCCCGAAGAUUAAAAAGAUUACAUUGGAUUAUGAAGUCAUAGACCAUAAACUUAUUAUUCGCCAGAACUUUUCGGAGAUAACCUUCAAUGAUCAGUCUGGUGCAAUUGAGAGCUGGACGGUUGAAGGAGUACCCGUGAUGCUUAAGGGCAUAACACCAUGCAUCUGGCGUGCACCUACUGACAAUGAUAAAGGAGGAGAAGACAAUAGUUACUAUUCUAAAUGGAAAGCGGCUAAUCUUGAUAAUGUGUGCUUCAUUAAAGAAAGCUCGAAUAUUAAAAAGAUCACAGACCAGCUCUUAGAAGUAACUAUCGUGUAUAACGGUUACCCAAAUGGUGAUGAAAAUGGAAAAGUUAUUUUCAAGGUCGACAUGAAAUACUCAUUCCGUGGUGCAGGAGAUGUUAUUUUAGUUAGCUAUGUAAAGCCACACUCUGAACUUCCUCCUUUACCACGUGUUGGGGUUGAAUUCCAUUUGGAAAAAUCAAUAAAUAAUGUUAAGUGGUAUGGAAGAGGGCCUUUUGAAUGUUAUCCAGAUCGUAAGGCAGCUGCCCAUGUAGGGUUGUAUGAAAACAAGGUGGAUGAGAUGCAUGUUCCUUACAUAGUUCCCGGAGAAUGUUCAGGUCGAGCUGAUGUUAGAUGGGUCACAUUUCAAAACGAUCUAGGUUCGGGAAUCUAUGCUUCUAUUUAUAGCGACUCUCCACCUAUGCAAAUGAAUGCAAGUUAUUAUAGCACAACUGAGCUUGAUCGUGCAACACAUAAUGGGGAACUUGUCAAGGGAGAUGACAUUGAGGUGCAUCUUGACCACAAGCAUAUGGGUAUAGGUGGUGAUGACAGUUGGUCCCCGUGUGUUCAUGACAAAUAUAUGGUUCCUCCUUCACCUUGCACUUACUCGAUCAGGUUCUUUCCAAUGACUGCUGCGACAUCUCCUCAUGAUAUCUAUAAUGCCCGGUACUGAGAUAGUCCUUAACGAUGGACAUCAUGCUCGACAAGACAAUAACGAUAGCCCGGCAUGGUCAGUGGGUGAAUAGCAAUGGUUGAGGUGGAGAAGAAAUCAAUAAGUGCAGGCAGCAUGGGAGAUGAGUUGAUAACGGCCAAGCAUUUUCGACAAGGUAAGUAUAACCUGGUCUUUAUGUUUUAGUUUAACUUGAAACAGAUAGCAGUUAUAGCCAAUAGCCGAAUACAGUGUGUAUCAAGAUACAGUUUACGAUUUUGUUCUGAGUUGGGUUUUCUUUCAUUUUGCAAAACAUUACUUGUCAAACAAUAAUUUAUUUAAUAAAAAAACAUGUACAAUUAGAUAUA